UGGCGAAUGCGCCGAGAGCUCCAGCGAGGGGCUGGCCCUCGGUGGCACCGGCUGCAGCAGUGGAGCGCUGGCUGUCCCCGCGGCUGGCACGGCGCUGGCCGGGGCUCUGGGCAUGGCUGCGGGCACCGAGGCCGCCAGGCAUCUUCCCUGUCCCUCAGCUGGUUUUGAGCCUCCUGUACCCACUCUCUGAUGCUGGAGCAACUGCUGAAGGAUGCAGCCGCAGGCGCCCAGGGCUGUCUCGCUAACAAGGAGCAGAUUCCUCAAAAGCCUGCGGAGGAGACGUAGGAUCUUCAAGCAAAUUCUGGCAGCUGGAUCCCGAUAGCAGAUAAACUCAUUUGACCACCAUGAGUUGGAGUUUUCUGACCCGCCUGUUAGAGGAGAUCCAGAACCACUCAACCUUUGUUGGCAAAAUCUGGCUGACAGUGUUGAUUGUGUUUCGGAUUGUCCUAAUUGCUGUGGGAGGAGAAUCCAUUUAUUAUGACGAACAAAGCAAGUUUGUGUGCAACACGGAGCAGCCCGGCUGCGAGAACGUCUGCUACGACUCCUUCGCCCCUCUCUCGCACGUCAGGUUCUGGGUGUUCCAGAUCAUUCUCGUGGCCACUCCCUCUGUGCUGUACUUAGGCUAUGCCAUCCAUAAAAUCGCCCGGAUGGUGGAGCACAGCGAAGCCAGCAGGAGAGCCAGGAGGAGGAGCUUGCCCAUCCGCUGGAAACAGCACCGGGGCCUGGAGGAAGCUGAGGGUGACCACGAGGAAGACCCGAUGAUGUACCCGGAGAUCGAGGUGGAGAGCGCCCGGGAGAGUAAAGAGAAGCAGAGCCCUGCCAAAGCCAAGCACGACGGCCGGCGGCAGAUCCGGGAGGACGGGCUCAUGAGGAUUUACGUCCUGCAGCUCCUGGCCAGGGCCCUGUUUGAGGUUGGCUUCCUGGUGGGGCAGUAUUUCCUGUAUGGCUUCCAGGUGAGCCCCGUGUUCGUGUGCAGCAGGAAGCCCUGCCCGCACAACGUCGACUGUUUCAUUUCCAGACCCACCGAAAAGACCAUUUUCCUGCUGAUAAUGUACGGGGUGAGCUGCAUGUGUCUGCUCCUCAACGUCUGGGAGAUGCUGCACUUGGGCUUUGGCACCAUCCGGGACACGCUGAACGCCAAGAAGAAGGAGCUGGUUGACUCGGGGACCUUUAACUACCCCUUCACCUGGAACACGCCGUCGGCUCCCCCGGGCUACAACAUCGCGCUGAAGCCGGAGCAGAUGCAGUGCACGGAGCUGUCCAACGCCAAGAUGGCCUACAAGCAGAACAAAGCCAACAUAGCUCAGGAACAGCAGUACGGCAGCAACGAAGGCAACAUUCCCACCGACCUGGAGAUCCUGCAGAGGGAAAUCAAAGUGGCUCAGGACCGCCUGGACCUUGCCAUCCAGGCUUACAACAACCAAAACAACCCCAGCAGUUCCAGAGGGAAGAAAUCCAAAGCGGGCUCAAACAAAAGCAGUGCCAGUAGCAAGUCAGGAGAUGGGAAGAACUCGGUCUGGAUUUAACGUUGACUCAGUUGAUAUGCUGUGUUUUUUUCCCCUAGUUUAUCAUAACCAGCAGUCCCAUGAAUAAUGGCUUCCAUUAAGGGAAUAUUUGACUCUGCUGAUUUUCAGGGAUACCGUUGGCUCGUGAUUCAGCCCCAGAAAAGGUUUAUACACUGACUCUAGGACUUUAGAACUUUAUUCUUUUGUCUUCAAAGUCAGGAGACAAAUAGGUAUAUUUAAUUCAUUCUCAUUGAACGGUUUAUGCUGUAUGUACAGUAUUAUAGUACAUUUAUUAUGCACAAUUUUUUUUGUAUUUGUACACUGGAUCUGAUGUUACACUUUUUAUAUCAACAAGGACAAAGCAAUGGAUAGCCGUUAGCAUUUUGUUAAUUUUAUUAUUGUUGUCUGCAGUUAUGUCAUUGUUCUUCCUUGUUUUCCAAGUAAAACUUUUUAUAAAACUUU